UAUCAUCCCCAACCCUAACGCGCGCCGCCGCCGCCGCCAUGGCCGACUCCGGCGACUCGUCCCCGCACUCCGCCGCGGCCACCGACGACGCGCACCACGAGGGCUCGGAGGCGGCGGCGGCGCAGGCGGCGCCCCCGCCACCGGCGCCGCCGGCGAAGGUGCGGUUGAUGGUGAGCUACGGGGGGCGCAUCCAGCCGCGGCCGCACGACCACCAGCUCUCGUACGUCAACGGCGAGACGAAGAUCCUGUCGCUCGAGAGGCCCCUCCGCUUCGCCGACUUCGCCGCGCGGUUGGCCGGCCUCGCGGGUUCUCCGGGGGACUUCUGCGUCAAGUACCAGCUCCCCGGCGAGGACCUCGACGCGCUCGUCUCCGUCACCAACGACGAGGAUCUGGAGCACCUCGUCCUCGAGUACGACCGCCUCCACCUGCUCCGCCCCGCGCCGGGAUCUGGCGGCGGCUCGUCCCGCGGCGGUUCCACGCCCAGGCUCAGGGUUUUCCUCUUCCCCGUCCAGUCGCCCACGCCACCGCCCCCGCCGCAGCCGUCCGGCCUCCUCGAGCCCAAGCAGGAGCAACGCCAGUGGUUCGUCGACGCGCUCAACUCCGUCCAUCAGCCGCCGCCACCGUCGCCACCGCAGCCGAAGCAGGAGUCGGUCUCCGUGCAGUCGCCACCACCAGCGGUUGUGCCGAUGCCGCAGCCGCCGCCGGUGUUGCCAGCGCCGACGGGCCCCGACUACCUGUUCGGCCUCGACAACGGCUUCGUCCCGCCGCCCGCGGUGAAGGUGAAGGACCCCGCCGGUGACCCGCCGACGGUGAAGGACAACGUCCCCGUCGAGAUCCCCGCCAAGAACGACGACCGCCACACCACCAACCCCGUAAGCGACCACGUCGUUGUCUCCCCGGUCGUCUCUCCCGGCGAGUUCCAGCGCCAGAUCCAGGGGCUCGAGAAGCUACAGUUCGCCGACACCGCCGCGCAGCAACCACCACCACCACCUGCUCCCGCUACCGCCGCGCCGCCGCCGGCGGCCCUACCGAGAAAUGGCAGCGACGACUCCCUCACCCGCGCCUACCCUCCCGCCACCGUCACCCCAACGCCGCCAACGGCCACGCCGGAGUACUACUUGCCCAAGUACCAGGAGAAGCCCGCUGCUCCGCCUCCAUCAUCCGCUCCACCGCCGACGGCCUUCCUACCGGUGCCGGGAAGGUAUACAUCUGUUGCCCCUGGCUCUGGCGCUGACCAUGCCCCCGUCUUCUUCAUCCCCGCGCCGCCGCAUGGCUACUUCACCACCGCCGCUGGCCCCGGCGCCACCUCCUUCCCCGCCGUCUACGCCGUCGCGCAGCACAAUGGCAAUGCCAAUGCGAGCGGCAAUGGCCCUUCCCCCGCCGCCGCGUCGAAUGCUCAGGCCUACGCGCCGCAGGUGGCGUAUGACAGCAAUGGCCACGCCAUCUACUACACCAGCGUCCUCCCCCAGUAUGCUUCGGCUGUCAGCGGCGUGCCGGCGGCGGCCACCGUGCUCGGCACUGACCCAGCCAAGCCGGUGGCGGUGAAACCAACAGUUUCCUGAGCAGCAUGCCAGUAUCUUAACCUCGCCGCCGAUGGGUUAAAAAACUAAAAAAGAGUUUGGCAAUUUUCUCUGUCUAGUCCGUCAAUAUGCGUUAAUAUGUCAGUUGGAUUCGUUAUUGUCUCUAGUAUUUACCUAUAAUAUUCUUUUUCUCUCUCUCUCUUUUGUUUAGAGUUUUGGUUUUGGCCUUCAUGAUAUGCGACUAGAGUUCUUGGUGUGCUUAGAUGUACAUAGUCUUUCUGGACAUAAUGGAUAUUAUAUUAGCCUAUUGGAUGAGUUCAUUAACGAUGUCUUAAGGUGUUACUUCUAUUUGUUAAUUCUUUUUAACAAUGGCAUCACAAAGGUUUCAGUAUGUUCA